AUGGCGGCCACAUGGGCAUGGUGUCCACUGAGACGCUCAGCGCUUCUAUGCCCGUACAUUACCACUAUCUCCAGCAGCAGCAACAGCAGUCGCAAGGGAUGGCCAUGGGCGGCAGCGACGACUGUGGCGGCGGUGGGACGCACCCAGUCUUUGGAGCGUAUCCGCCCCACGUCACUGCGAGCCACAUCACGCAGGAGCGCGCAGACGACGCAACCGGCGUCGCGGGGCGUGGUGGUGGAAGCGCCGGCGCCGCGGGCCCAAUGUACCCCACGUGGUUCAGCCCCAUAGCUCCGUCGCACUUUGGCGAGAAUGCACCCGACGACGGCCGCGGCGCACGCGCUGGCGACGGCGACGGGAAGGCAAAGUUGCAGCUGGCAAGGGAACACGCUUUUCUGCACGACACAUCGUUGUCUCCCCGCUCCACCUUGCUCGUCGCUCACAGUGCAACGCCCGCGGUAACAGCAGCAGCAGCGCACGACGAGACGGGUGCAGACGGGCAGCAGCCAUAUGGCCCAUCUUCCUCUUCCUCCUCGCUGCUCCCUCUCCACUUAGCCGGAGCGGUACUUGGCGCCCGGAGCCUCGACGAUAUCGGAAGCCGCGCGGGGUUCCAGCAGAUCUUCCAAGCGUACAGCACACACCUAUACCCGCUGCUUCCAAUCGUGCGCAUCAGCACUUUUUUCAGCGACCUCAAGAGCAGACGAGACGCGCGCGACCAGGACUGGUUCGCGUUCUCCCUCAGCCUCGCCGCGUAUACCCUCGUGCAGGUCCCGUGCGCCGCUCUCGGCCUCUCGCCGGACUCGGCCAAGCUCAUGCACGCCAAGCUCCACGCCACGUCGCAACUGCUGCAGUCACGCCGCUACGCACCCCUGUGCCAUUUCCAACUGGCGUUGCUCUAUUGCGACUAUAUCUAUUUAUCCACGCUCGGUUAUGACUCGGCUGCCAAGUCGCGUUUGGGCGAGGGCAUCCACCUGCUCCCCGGUUUCUUUAUGCAGGAGGAGCGCCGCCGCGCGCACAUGUCCGGCGCCGAGCAACAGCGCGCGGCCAUGCACGACGGCGAGCUAUCCAAGCGACUUUUCUGCGCGUUCCUCGUCGCCGAUCUGUUCAACUCGCUCCUGUAUGACGAACAACUCUUCUUUAGGGAGGAGGACAUCGGCAAUGUUACGCCGCCCGCGGCGGCCGAAGAUGACGCUCCUCCUUUGUUGUCACAGCACGGCUCGCCGGAUGGAAUGGGCAGCCUCUACGGUUACCAGAUCGCGUGCAAGUUCAUUCUCCUUUGUUAUGAGCUGACGGUGUGCUGGCAGAGGGACCGGCGACGCAAGAAUGCGACUGUACAAAGUGUGCACGAGAUGCAAGAACGCCUGCACGUGCUCGAAAGGCGUCUGGCGAACAUCCUGUCGGAGGUUUCCGAGGCCAAGAAGGGGCAGCCGCCAGCUGCAACAGACCGCAGCUCUUCGCUCCUGAGCCUCAAAGUCUACCACACCGUCCUGGAGGCGACGGCCAGGUACCUCCUGCAGAGCUACACCGCGCUCAUCGUGUAUACGCUGCGCGCUUGCAGAGGCGCGGGCCUCGACGUCAAGAUUCCAGAGGAGAGCCAGCUUGUUGCGAGCGCCUCAGCGGCGGUCGUUCACAUUUUCUCGUCGUUGCGGGAGUUGCCGCUGCAGCUCAUCGCCGCGUGCGGCCAGCCGGCGCUGUCAGCGGCCAGGUUCCUGAUCUCCAAAUUGGUCACAAAGGUCCACGCGGACGACCCCCUCCACGGAGCCAUAUCCGAGUUCCACGCCCAGCUUCAGCAUCUCGCAGGUCAAUCUCAGGUCAUCUAGGUUUGCAAUCUAUGCGGACGGGAAUAGCCUCAUCAAAGUUUUUUCCUUCGUUAAUGGCACAUCUUGGUGGACGGCGAGACGGGGCUUUUCUCAUCUCAUUGGCAUCGUCAUCAUGGGUGAGAUCCUGCUCUCCGUACCAUCCAACCAUCUUUUGCAUCCCCAUUGACAUUCAACAUUACCGGCAUUCCAGCAUCAUCAUAUCAACAUUUGGACAAUCGAAUUUCGCAUGUUCUGUAGCAUAGGGUAUACUGGGCCAAUACAUUGCAUCGUGG